UAUCGCUGACAGUGUGUGUGGUAUCACUCGAGAGGCAGGCUAUCAAGAUUCACAGAUACACACUUAUGAAACGCAAGAGUUUGUGUGAUGAUACUUAUCCAGCGCUUGACACAGGAACCACUAUGAACGAGAAUGGGUCUGACAACGAGGAGGCGAUACCGGAACGCUACUUACAAUGUCGUCUCUGUGGAAAGCAGUACGGUCAGGACAACAGGUGCCCUCGACUCCUGCCCUGCUUGCACUCCUACUGUCUGGGGUGUCUGGAGCUCGGAUGGGACUGGGCAGCGACCGGAAUCACGUGUCAACUGUGCAGUGCAACAUGGGACGUCCACGACAGCGUCUCGGCUACGUUCCCAGUCAACUACGUAGCCAUGAAGCUCCUUACACUGGCGAAGGUUGAGAACUCCCGAACAGUGCAUUGUACUGACUGUGAUGACAGCAAACGGGCUACACAUCGCUGUGUGGAGUGUCAUCACUUCAUUUGUAACGAGGGUUUCAAAGCUCACAAGCAGUUCGUGCAACUGCAGGCACACAGGCUUCUCAGUAUUGGCGAGUUCCUGAAAUCGCCGUCGGAGAUGUUCACGAAGGAAGACAUGUGUGACGUCCAUGUUGGUCAGCCUCUGGACCUAUUCUGCCUCAGUGACACGUGUAGAUGUGCUAUUUGUGCAUCAUGUGCCCUCGUCUCUCACACGGAGAGAGAGGGGCACUGUAUAGGUAAGGUGCAAGAGGUGUACACGGACCAGACGGGGCGAACCCGGGCCCUGAUCGAUCAGCUGUGCAUGAGGCUGGAGAACGCCAAGGAAGGGCUCAAUGUCUCUAAACGUCAACUGAAGCGGCUGGAGGGUCGCGAAGCCGACAUCAAGUCAGACAUCAGAAAGGUAUUUGAAAGUUUAAUGGAGGCUUUGAAAUCGAGGCGGGAUGCCAUCAUCACAACUGUUGAUGACAUCAUACAGAGAGAACGUGCUGAUUUCGAAGGCGCCCAAUCAGAGACGAAAUCGUCAGAGAAGCGGAUGUUGGAAGCAGUUGAGUUUGCCAACCAGGCUCUCUCUGUCUGUAGCUAUGCGGAGUUCAUGGAACUCAGCUCUCUGCUCGAGGGCACGAUGGUCAAACUGCAAGAAAAUGGUGUUGAGCUCCGCUGCGUUGAGAAGGACUUUCAGAUGGAUUCCAGCCGUCUGGACAGCAUCAAAACCAGUAUUAUCAAAUUUGGCGAUAUUAUUGAAACCUGUACCAACCCACACACGUGGCAACCAGUCGUCGAGGUAGUCGAUGCACAUCCGGGCCACGAGGCUAACAUAAUGGAAGUCAAGUUCAUCAAUGAAAUAAACAAAAUGGCGGCAACGGAAGUACCCAAGAUCGGGGUGAAGGUCGAACGAUGUGAUCCACAAAACAGCGCUCGCGUCAUGUGUCUUCGAUCCCACGGUGAAAGUCGAAAAGUAGGAUACCAGGUGAAGUUUACCCCGCCUCGUGACGUCAAGUAUCGGGCCAAGCUGACGAUUACCCACAUGAAGCUUGCACAGGACGUGUUCAGUUUUCGAUGUAGGGAUGAAAGAGGUGAAGGUCGGGAUAGAACUAUUUACAUCGCGCAGCCGCAGUUGGGAGACUCGGAUAUGUGGGACUUCCUGGUCAUCAAAUGUCCAUACAUCCGCCUGUCUGAGGACACUCUUAACAUGGACUGGUGCCGGUUGCGAGACCGGACUCUACUGGUCAACAAGCCAUCCCACAAGCAGCCGUCAGACAGCACACUGAGGCUACGCUCCUACCCAGGGGCCGUUGGGGCAGGGGCUCUGAGGGAGGAGGGAAAGUGUUACUGGGAGGUCACCUGCAGAAGUCAAGUCAAACAGAGAUGGUGGGGGUCCAUAUUUGAGACAGGCUUAGGUCGGAGAGUGGCAUUGGACACGCCCUACAUUGUGGGCUAUAGCCCCUACGGCUGGACUCUACAGAUAGUGUAUUGUACGGUUCAUAAGAACGUAUGUGCACAGGCAAGGAAUAACCGCCAGACUCUGUACCAUCUACCUCUUGUUGCAGAGGAGUUGACCAGCGUCCUGGACGUCCACGUGGGCUUCCUGAUGGACUUCGAUACCAACCAGCUCCACAUUAUAGACGUCACACAAGCACUGUUGUUGUACACGUUCAGGGACGUAGACGACAGCAAGCAGCUGUGGCCUUUCUGUGGGAUCUUCAACAACAACUGGUACAGCACGGAGCUCAAGAUGAUGUCGGGGGCGGAGGUGGUUCUGAAGCAAAGUCAUCUGAAGCUGCUCCAGGAUCUGUGUGAGAUGAUCUAACGAUCUGGAACCGAAGACAAACGUUGAGAUGCAUUUUGAGAUGGUCUAACGAUCUGUCAUUUAAGACAAGGAUGAGAUCGUCGUUGAGAUGGUCAAACGAUCUGUCUCAGAGGACGAAGGUUAAGAUUGUCUGACGAUAUUUCAUUGAGGACGAAGGUUUAGAUUGUCUGACGAUAUUUCAUUGAGGACGAAGGUUGAGAUGGUCGUUGAGAUGCUCAAACGAUCUGUAUCAGAUCGUAUCAGAGAUGGUCUGACGAUAUUUCAUUGAGGACGAAGGUUAAGAUUGUCUGACGAUAUUUCAGUUAGGACGAAGGUUAAGAUGAUCUGACGAUAUUUCAUUGAGGACGAAGGUUGAGAUGGUCUGACGAUAUUUCAUUGAAGGCGAAGGGUUAGAUGGUCCAGCAAGCUGUGUGAGAUGGCCUAAUAAUCUGUCAUUGAGGACGAAGGUUAAGAUGGUCUGACGAUAUUUCAUUGAGGACGAAGGUUAAGAUGGUCUAACGAUAUUUCAUUGAGGACGAAGGUUGAAAUGGUCGGGCGAUAUUUCAUCGAAGACGAAGUUUGAGAUGGUCUGACGAUAUUUCAUUGAGGACGAAGGUUGAGAUGGUCUGACGAUAUUUCAUUGAAGACGAAGGUUGAGAUGGUCUGACGAUAUUUCAGUUAGGACGAAGGUUAAGAUGAUCUGACGAUAUUUCAUUGAGGACGAAGGGUUAGAUGGUCUAACAAUCUGUGUGAGAUGGCCUAAUAACAUGUCAUUGAGGACGAAGGUUGAGAUGGUCUGACGAUCUCUAAUUAAAGACAAAUGUUGAGAUGAUCUGCAGACCUCUAAUUGAAGAUAAAUGUUGAGCUGGUCGACGAUAAUCUUCCAGCACGAUAUGGGGGUAGUCGUAGAGGCUGUGCUCAAUGAACAAUCCGACAGUAAAGACUCGAUCGAUGGAAGGAAUAAAAACAUUAUUUUUUUUAAAUGUCUCGAUAAGUCCAAGAGUAGUGUCAUCUUUAUAAUCGCAUAGAAAAUAUAGCAUGGUAUUAUAAUAAAAUGGACAAUAUUAA